AACCAUAAUAAAUCUGUUUGCAACAAUCAAGAACACAAAGACAAAGAAAAUGGCAGAAGUUGCGAAGAAUUCAAUGGAAAAUACUGAAAACGAAUCAAAAUAUGCAAACCAGGGCUCCCAUGGAUCAGAUAAUAAUGCUUCAGAAUCACAUAAAGACAAAGAUAAAAAGGAUUCCAAAACUUCCGGUCCGUUGCCAGUAAUUGGAGAGCAUUACCUUGUCAGACGUCCAGACGGGACUUGGCAUGCAGCUGAAAUAAUCCAAAGUAGGGGCAUGGAUCAUGGCAGUGGGAAGCAUGAGUACUAUGUCCAUUAUGAGGGAUUUAAUCGCCGUUUGGAUGAGUGGGUUGAAAUUGACAGACUUGACCUGAGCAACAAACUGGAAGAUCCUCACUGUAAAAUCAAGGACAUGUCUAUCCUGAUGACAGACUUAAGUGAUGGAACUGAUAGAAAAAUCACAAGAAACCAAAAACGAAAACAUGAUGAGAUUAAUCAUAUACAGAAGACGUAUGCUGAGAUGGACCCUACAACAGCUGCACUGGAGAAAGAACAUGAAGCGAUUACCAAAGUGAAGUACAUAGAUAAAAUCCAGAUUGGUCGAUACGAGAUUGAUGCUUGGUAUUUCUCCCCUUAUCCAGAGGAGUAUGGGAAACAGUCCAAGUUGUGGAUCUGUGAAUUCUGUUUGAAGUACAUGAGAUUAGAGCGCUCUUACCGCUAUCACCAGAGUCAAUGUAUUUAUCGCCACCCUCCAGGAAAAGAAAUUUACAGGAAAGGAACCAUUUCACUUUUUGAAGUAGAUGGAAAAGAUGCUAAGAUUUACUGUCAGAAUCUUUGUUUAUUAGCCAAGUUAUUUUUGGAUCACAAAACUCUGUAUUUUGAUGUGGAACCAUUCAUGUUUUACAUACUGACAGAAGUAGACAGACAGGGUUGCCAUUUGGUGGGGUAUUUCUCAAAGGAAAAAGAGUCCCCAGAUGGAAAUAAUGUAGCCUGCAUAAUGACCCUGCCACCAUUCCAAAGAAAAGGAUAUGGAAAGUUUCUGAUUGCUUUUAGUUAUGAACUGUCCAAAUUGGAGGGAACAGUGGGGUCUCCAGAGAAGCCUCUUUCUGACCUUGGAAAACUAAGCUACAGGAGUUACUGGUCCUGGGUCCUCCUGGAAAUUCUCCGAGAUUUCCGAGGAACAUUGUCCAUCAGGGAUUUAAGUGAGAUGACCAGUAUAACACAAAAUGACAUCAUCAGCACUCUUCAGUCUCUAAACAUGAUCAAAUAUUGGAAAGGACAGCAUGUCAUCUGUGUCACACCAAAGCUUGUGGAGGAACACUUAAAGAGUGCUCAGUACAAACGCCCGGUGCUUACUGUAGAUUCAUCAUGUCUCCGCUGGGAACCUCCUCGCAGGAAUCAGAAACUGGUCAAGAAAUAAUUAGCAUCUUCAGAAGAACAUGCAAAGAAAAUCUAAUUUUUUAUGACCCAGCCAGCUUUCAAGAUUAGACUUCAAUAUUUUGUUAAACAAAGAAAUAUGGAGGGGUUUACUGAAAGAUACUUCCAUAUGUACAUGUAAUUCAAAUUUAGUAUUGUGCAAUAAUUUGUGUCAAAAGCUAAAAAAAUAAGUACCUGGUAAAGAGAAUUGUAAUUAAAAUGCUACUUUAAGUUUUUAAAAAAAAGAAACUCCAGUGGGUCCUCAUAUGCUCUAUAUGUUUAAAAGUGUCUGUUUUGAUGUACAUGUGUAUAAAGAAAUUCAAAUUAAAUUUGAAACAUCA